GCUCUAGUCUUGAGGUUGAUUGGUAGAAAAAAGUCGCAAAGCUUGGAUUGAGAAUCAUGGAAGCGAAGAAAGUGACAGAAGAGGAAGAAGAGUCAUGGAGGAGAGAGAUAGUAACAAGCGUUAUGAGAUUAGUGAGCACGAGAUUGCCUCAGACAGAUCUAAUUUCUCUACUUCUCGUUAGCCCUUGCCUUUAUCGCACCCUCAUCUCCUACCCUUCUAUCUGGCUGAACAUUGAUUUGCACGAGAUGACCAAUGCAGGGGAUCGGCUUUUAGCUGCUCUGUCCUUGCCAAGAUAUAGACAAGUGAAGCAUAUCAAUCUUGAAUUUGCACAGGGUGUUGUGGACAGUCAUCUCAAACUUGUGAAAGCUGAGUGCCGGGAUGCUCUUUUAAGUUUAGAAUGCUUGAAUCUGAAUGGGUGCCAAAAGAUAUCAGACAAUGGAAUUGAAGCUAUAACUAGCAUAUGUCCAAAGUUAAAAGUUUUCUCUAUCUACUGGAACGUAAGGGUGACUGAUGCUGGCAUUAGACAUUUAGUGAAAAAUUGCAGACAUAUCAUUGACUUGAACUUAAGUGGCUGCAAGAGUCUAACGGACAAAAGUAUGCAGCUAGUAGCUGAAAGUUAUCAAGACUUAGAGUCACUGAAUAUCACUAGGUGUGUUAAGAUUACAGAUGAUGGAUUACUUCAAGUGCUACAAAAAUGUUCCUCUCUCCAGACCUUAAAUCUCUAUGCUCUUUCAGGCUUCACAGACAAAGCCUACAAGAAGAUAUCACUUUUAGCUGACCUAAGGUUCUUAGAUCUAUGUGGCGCUCAGAAUUUAUCCGACGAGGGGCUUGGUCAUAUAGCUAAAUGCAAUAAACUGGAGUCUCUCAACUUGACAUGGUGUGUGCGUAUCACAGAUGCAGGUGUGAUUACCAUUGCUAAUAGUUGUACCUCCCUCGAAUUUCUCAGCUUGUUUGGAAUAGUUGGGGUGACUGAUAGAUGUGUGGAGACCCUCUCGCAGACAUGCUCUACUACACUCACCACUCUUGACGUCAAUGGCUGCAUCGGCAUCAAGAGACGAAGCCGUGAAGAGUUGCUUCAGAUGUUCCCUCAUCCAGUCAUGGCGGGUGCUGUAGCAAGGUUUGCGAAAUGGUUUGGUGCAAUAGAUGUUUGGAAUCGAACAUUGUUGAUAGGAAUACCAGUCGCAUUUGGCUUAAUACAUCAUCUGGAAAAGGAAAAUGCUCGUCUAAAGAUGCUUAAUCAGGCCCAGAUUGAUGACUUGGUGGCUAAAGGUGUCAUCAGAUUCAUUGAGGAGAGUGAGUGAGUGAUUGGUAGCAGAUUUUAAUUGGUGAUCAUGGCCAUGUUUGUCAAGUCUUGUUUUAGCUUUCUUUUUCUUUCUUUCAUUGGGUUUUUAUGAAACAUGUUUCCAUGAAACUAAGUAGCUCUCUUUGUAUAUGACAUGCUUCAAAGAGUUCGAAUCGUAUUAUAUGAUGCUUACGAGUUUCUCAAUAAGUAUUUUAUUAAUAA